AUGCCGCAAUUUCUCGGCGUCGAAUGGAUCGACAUUUUCUCGUCGUUGGAGCGCAAAAAAUCGUAUUUGGGCGUCGUUUAUCACUUUGUUCUCACCUAUCCACUCGGCCUUUUCUGCACAAUUCUACCGUUUCUUCUCGUGAGUUUGCGAUAGAGCGCAUAUCAUAUGCCAACAUUUUCAAUUUUAACUUGCAGUUGUUCACUUUCCAAUGGCACAUUUUGGCGCUCUACGCGUGUUGGUACGCGUACGACAAGAAUUCGCCGAAGCAAGGCGGCUACGCGAGUGAAUGGGUCCGCAGGUUGGUUAUUUUCGGUGGCCGACGCCGAGUUUUUGCCGAGAAUUGCGGUGGAGCUCGGUUUCCACCAAUGUUUUCGCACUAUUUUCCUUUUUCACGUAUUAUGCUUUCAAAAAUGAAGCUAUGACCCCUAUGACACGAAUUGCGGUCGCGUUUACCAUUUCGAAGAAAUUCUAUGGCAGCAAAAUUCAAAUCUCUUGUCGAAAACGAGCAAACAUCCAUUUGCGCUGAAUUUUACAAAUUUCCGGUGAGAAAAUGCACAAAAAUUGCGAAAAGCGAGAUUGUUUAAAGUGACCGCGAAAAUUUUCGAAUUUCCAGAUGGCGAAUCAACGACUGGUUCGCGCAGUACUUUCCGAUAAACCUGCACAAGACGGCCGAGCUGCCACCGGACCGGAACUACCUGAUCGGCUGUCAUCCACACGGAAUCAUCGCGAUGGCCGCGUGGGCGAACUUCGCGACGAACGGCACGGGCAUCUACGAAAAGUUUCCGGGCGUGCGCUUCAAUCUGUGCACACUGGCCAUCAAUUUCACGAUGGCGAUCCGCCGGGAACUGCUGCUGCUCACCGGCCUCAUUGACUGCUCGCGCGAGAGCAUCGAGUACGUUCUGGAGAAGAGCGGCGAGAGGGGACGGGCGGUCGUGCUGGUGAUCGGCGGCGCGGAAGAAGCUCUCGACGCGCAUCCCGGCUAUCACGUGCUCACUUUGGCCUCCCGCAAGGGAUUCGUCCGCGAGGCCCUUCUCACCGGCGCCUCCCUGGUCCCAGUCUAUUCGUUCGGCGAGAACGACGUCUUCGAGCAGAUGGACAAUCCGAUCGGAUCGAAACUUCGCAACUUCCAAGAGUGGUCCAAGAGGUUUCUCGGCAUUUCGUACCCGAUUUUCCACGGCCGCGGCUUUCUCCAGCUCACCUUCGGCUAUUUGCCGUUCCGCAAACCGAUCGAUACGGUGAUCGGGGCGCCGAUCCACGUGGCGAAAGUGGAGAAUCCGAGCAAAGAGCAAAUCGACGAGUUGCACCAGGAGUACGUGCGGAACCUCACCCAACUGUUCGACGCGCACAAGACACGGUUCGGAGUGAGCGAGCAGACGAAAUUGGUGUUGAAGUGA